AUGCUUUUGCUAAAACCGACGCCGGUCCUACUAUGUCGCUUAACAACCCGACAAAGUUUACGAACAUACCAUAUACUAAAGUCACAUCAUCUCAUAACGAGGCCCAACAUCGCACUCCAUACCCCCUCCAAGAGCAUACUCAACCUCAUUAAAUUUAAUUCCACAUCUUUGUCUCCACGCAAUGAAUUACAAAAAUCCAAUACCCUUGACAACUCAUCCGUCAAGUCGCAUCUAGAUCUAGCCAAGUUGAAAAAGAAGGAGAUCAAACAAGAAGAAAACAAGCAGUUUUCCCAAUUGGAUAAAAAGAGUUUCCGUGAAAAUAUGAAAACCAUUGGUCGAAUAUUGAAGUUGGGCAAAUCCGAUUGGAAGCUAUUCCUACUUGCAAUCACAUUCAUUCUAUGCGCGGUGCUAUACCCCACCACGGCAGUCAAAUUGGUUGGGGCGCUACUAGACUCAUUCAAUUCAGGAGUUAAGAAUGAAAACGGCGAGUUGAUGGUGUGGGGAUACACAGCGAAAACCGUGUUUGAGUUUAUGGUUCCAUUCAUGUGUCUUAGUGCUCUUUGCUUUUGGGCAAGAAUAUGGGUUUUGAAGCUUUUGGGUGAACGUCUUGUGGCAAGAUUACGGGCUAAGGUAAUGAAGAGCUUGUUGCGCCAUGAUGCUAAAUUUUAUGACAGUGACAAGAACAAGGUGGGUGAUUUGAUAUCGCGAUUGUCAAGUGAUGCGUAUGUUGUUAGCAAGUCUAUCACGGGGAACCUUCCGGAUGGGUUAAAGAACUUGUUGUUUGGAGUUAUCAGCUCAUAUAUGAUGUACUCGAUAAAUCCAAUGUUAUUUGGAGUCAUGUUGUUGAUAUCACCGCCAAUUACUAUUGGAUCAGUAUGGUAUGGAGAAAAGAUUAGGAAAUUGUCAACAAAGCUUCAAAAUGCAAGUGCAGGACUCACAAAGGUGAGUGAAGAGACAUUGAAUGCCGUCAGAUUGGUCAAGGCAUUCACUGGGGAACAAAAAGAGCUCAACAAGUACAGUGCCAGAAUAAGAAAUGUGGUUAACGUUGCCAAACAAGAGGCAUUGGCUCAAUCGAACUACUCAGUUAGCAUAUAUACCCUUUAUCACGCUGGGUACUUGUCGUGUGUGGCAUUGGGUAUCUGGCUCAUGCAAAAGGGACAAAUGACCGCAGGUGAUGUUGUGGCAUUCACAAUGUACCUGGAGUUUUUCAACCUGGCAUUAUACAGUUUGACAACGACAUACCUAGAAUUGAUGAAAGGUGCCGGUGCCGGAGUUAAACUCUUCAACUUGAUUGAUUACAAAAGCGACGUUGAUCCAAUAGGUGGAGAGAAGGCCGGAAAUUUGCAAAAUGAAGUUGAAUUUAAAGAUGUCACAUUCAGUUACCCCACAAGACCCAACGACAAAGUGUUUGACCGUUGUAGCUUCACCAUUGCGAGCUCCACGAGUACUUGUAUUGUUGCUCCUUCAGGUGCAGGAAAAUCAACAGUAGCCGCAUUGCUUUUGCGUUCGUACAAUAUCCAAGGUGGUGAAAUCUUGAUUGGUGGAGAAAAUAUCAAGGAUAUUCAAGUUCGUGAUUUGAGGAGACACAUUAUUGGGAUUGUGCAACAAGAACCAAUUCUUUUGAGCGGAACAAUUUUGGAGAAUAUCGUAUACGGGCUUACGCCAAAGCAAGUUCGCCAGCUUUCAAUGAAUGAUAUUAUUGAGGUGUGCAAACAAGCCAACUGUCAUGACUUUAUAGAGAGCUUUCCAGAAAAAUACGACACCAUUAUUGGAAGUCGAGGUGCUUCGUUGUCGGGUGGUCAGAAGCAGCGGAUUGCCAUUGCUCGUGCUUUGAUCAAGCGUCCCAAGAUUUUGAUUCUCGACGAAGCUACUUCCGCCCUUGAUUCAAAAUCCGAAUCGCUCAUCAAUGAAACAUUGAAAAACUUGACGACUCAGGGCAAGAUUACAAUCAUUUCCAUAGCUCAUCGUUUAUCAACCAUUUCCAAAUCAGAAUUUGUUGUUGUGCUUGGCAAGAAUGGUAAAGUUGUUGAACAUGGUGGGUUUGUUGAGCUCUUCAGUGACCCAAAUAGUGAAUUGUCAAAGUUACUUGAUGAAUCGACAAACAAAAAAGAGGAUGAUAAAAUCGAUGAAGAGGAAGCGGAUGAGGUGGAGCAUGCAAAUUACGAGGCAGAAAAGAUUGAACAACAUCAACGUGAUUUUGGCAAAUUGGAACAUUUGCGACUCAUGAUUGAUUCCUUGCCUGAUGACCUCAAAGAUCAAUUAAUUGAUGAAAUCACUCUAGACACAAAAAAGAAGAUUCAAAAUAUGGAUACAACCACAUUGGGUGAUGAUUUGAAAAAAUGA